CUUGUGGCGCCCAAAAUUGCAGAACCCAAGAAGACAUCAAAGCGGUUCAAUCAGGUGAGAUUCGAAUGUGUCUGACUUGCUGCCUUUUCAUCAUCAUCAGCCCAGCCGUUACAAGUGAAGCAUAGCGGGACACGACUCUUCUUCCUUCGCUCUUUUCCUUUUUCUCCUUUUUUCCCGUUCAGAAGAAAAAAGGGGGAAAAAACUUGGUAGCAGCCCAUUUCUCAGAAGACCCCUUUACUCUCUUCUAUUUUCCCUGUUUUCAAUUUGCCACAAAAGAAAACCAACAAUGGUGGUCGGAGUUCUGGCUUUACAGGGUUCGUUUAACGAACAUAUCGCCGUUCUGAAAAGACUGGGAGUGAAGGGGGUGGAAGUAAGGAAGGCAGAACAGCUUCAGAAUGUUAAUUCUCUCAUCAUUCCUGGUGGAGAGAGUACCACCAUGGCUAAGUUAGCUGAAUACCACAAUCUGUUUCCUGCAUUACGGGAGUUCGUUAAAAUGGGGAAGCCCGUUUGGGGAACAUGUGCCGGCCUUAUCUUUUUGGCAGACAGAGCAACUGGGCAAAAAACUGGAGGCCAGGAGCUAGUCGGAGGCCUUGACUGUACAGUCCACAGGAACUUUUUUGGCAGUCAGAUUCAAAGCUUUGAGGCCGACCUUUCAGUUCCUGAUAUUGCUGCUAAAGAAGGUGGUCCUCCAAUUUUUCGUGGUGUUUUCAUCCGGGCUCCUGCAAUUUUAGAUGUGGGACCUGGAGUUGAGGUGCUGGCAAAUAUCCCUGUCUCGUCUGACAAAUAUGCUUCUUCUGAUCUCAGCCUACAGGGCCAAAAGGAGAAUUCCGAUUCUGGAAAGGAAGUAAUCGUUGCUGUGAGACAGGGUAACUUGCUAGCAACUGCCUUUCACCCCGAAUUGACAGCAGACAAUAGAUGGUGAGUUUUUUUUCUAGUGAACAAAUAUCUGGCUAAUGCAGAGAGCGCAUGCUUAAGAGUUCUUUUUCCAGGCAUACUUACUUCUUAAAGAUGACAAGUGAUGUUGGAGAAGGAGCUCUGGCUAGCGUCUCAACGCCCGUUGAUGAUUUAACUUCCAAUGAGCAAGCUAAAAAUGAUCUUCCAAUAUAUCAAUAAUGGUAGUGAAGUAAACAAAGGUAGAUUUCAAAGAAGAAAGAUCAGACAGGUUCUUUUUACUCUUUAUUCUCUUUUUAGUUAGCGUCUACAAUUCAUGUACGUCAUCAACUUUCAAAGUGCCUUGCCAAAGUAGCAAAUAUAAGCUGUUUAGUUUUGUAUGAAAACUGGUUCAGAUAUUAUGGCUGGCUCUACGUUUUGUACAUAGCCGAAGGGUUUGAUUGUUAACAGAUGUUUAGCUCUCUUGGCUUGUUAAUUAUGUUUGUUGGGCAGCCCCUCCAAACUCAACUCCUGUAUUUCUGUUCAACAUCUCAUUCCAACUAUGGCUGCAUAUAGGGAGAAGACAUCAACUUAAUUACAAAACAGUCCUUAACUAUAGGAGAAAUAAGUUGCCAAUCAGAAAUGAGAGUCCAAAUUUGGUCUAGAUGCGGAUAAUGAGGCCAAAUAAUGUGGUCAAUUAAACGAUGAUUUUUUCAAUGUGAAGCAAAGAAAAGUGAGUUGCACAUGAUGAUGGUUUACUUAAUCAGCGUAUCAUUAGAAAGAUGGCAAUGAAAAAGAUUCCUUAAAUUUUCCUCGACUAAUACGAUAUGCCAGACUACCUGUGUUUAUCAAGUCAACGUUAUAUAAAAGUCUAGAGAAUUUGUAUUCUCCUGAAGUUGACUUGUACUCUGUUUACCCCAGGUCUUUUUUAUAACAUGGAUCUAAAAACACACUAGAUUCUUGGCCCAGGCAGAUGCCGGGCGCCCCCUCUACUUUAAUUUUGUGUUAAUAGAUAAAUGAAUUUUUGAUUUAGAAAAAAUAAAAUAG